UCCACGUCGUUUUCCCCUGUCCGCUGCGAUCCUUUCCACCCACGCGUGAUCCGACACGGCGCCCGGGUUUUCCACUAAUCGCCAGGCAGAUCCGACGGUCUUCGUCGGCUGUUCGACACUGUCCCCCUUCGGCGGCUAUGAGCUCAUCCACCGUCUUUGGACUUUCUGCAGGUGGCGCAUCCAGACUGCGGGUCUCGUCGGACCCACCUCGGCUGUCUACAAUCCAUCCCAUCUUCCUCGACUCCGCUUCGGGUACUUCGCGUGACGAGGACGCGCAGUUAAAGGUAUGAUGCGGGAAAGAAAGGAAAAAAGCGUUCGUUUUUUCGUUGAUGAGAUCGCUUUCCAAUCGCUUUGGCUCCGAAAGAUCCGACUUUGUGCAUUUGAAUGCCGAAUUUUGGUUCAAUACGAGGAAAAUGAAGUAGACUAAGGUGUUCCUUCUGAUAAUUUUUGUUUACUUUGGCUCCAUGAAUCCAGCUUUCUUAUGAAAGAACCGAUCUUUGUAUCAUGGGUAUAUCGAUUUUUGAGAGUUUGUGCUGCCCUCUCUGUCUCGGCUUUGAAUAGUCGUUCUUUUAAAUAGUAUGGUCCGCUAAUUUAGAUGUAAGCUCGCUAAAGAUCGAAGCUUUUGCCCCUUCAAAAUGCCCUUUUUUCUCCUUCCACGAGGAUUAUCUGUGUAUUUUCGAUUUAUCGACAUGUUUAUCGUUUGAAUUAUGCAUAAAAUGGCGCAACAUUGACGUUUUUGUUUUUUCUUUUAUUUUUAGGAAAAAAAGGAAAAUUUGUGGUUCGCUUAUCUAGCUCGAUGUUAAUUUUCUUUCAUUAUAUUUUUUAUUUUGGUCACGUAUUAAUGAUUACGGAAGCAGACUUGCUGGAGAAGAAUAUUUUAGUAACUCAUAUCCUUCUUUACUUAGUUGAAUUUUUCUUAGAUUUAUGGAUUUUGUCAUGAUUCUCGGUGAGUUGGUUGUCAUGUUCUGCAUUUGUUGAACUUUUGUAUACUGAAUGGGAGGUUUGUUUAUAUGUAUCUUAUAUUGAUUGUGUGCAUCUGUUCUUGUGAUUCUUUUCUGAGAGGACAAUAUUAAUGACAUGAAAAAGCUUCCAUACACAAUUCUGUUUGCUAAAUCAUGCUGCGUCAUGAAUAUGAUCCUAUGAAUCAAACAAAAGUGAAGUAGAACUAAUUGGUUGGUUUCGUUUCUUUUCCUUACCAUCUAAUUAUGUGCAGACAUGCCUAGUCUGCUAACAUCAGUUUCUUAGAAUUUGUGUGAUGAGCAGGAACCUAUGACCACUUCCUAGUUGCUGACACAAGUAUUAUUUGUUCGGGUUUCUUGGUUCCUUCACUAUAUUGGUUUACUACCAGACUCUUUUUAAUUUUCUUUACCUGCCAAAUAUCCUGCAAUUUUUUCUUUACCCUAAUAAGUUCCAUUUCUACAUGGUGAUUUUUACACCUUAUCGUAGAACGAACUCUACCAUAGUCUUCAAUUUCACUAUUUGCCCCACAUUUAAUUUUGAGAUGGAUGAGCAUGUGGUUAAGAGAGCAGAUGGAGGUCAGAGUUUUUCCAUGAGGCCUGGCAUUGUUUUCAAAGAUCAAAAUAAUGAAGAUCGAAGUAUUCAGUGUCGUGACAGGCUGGGGUGUGGUACCAGGCAUAACACUGUGAGAGGUGCCCAAAUUGACACUCAGGAAAAAUCCAAAUAUGCAAGAGCUUCAUUCCAUGCCAUGAAUGGUAAGGUGAUAGCUGGAAGCUCUUCCAAAUCAUCUUCUACUUCUAGGGGAUAUGGAAGGUCUUUCAGGGAGCAGCCGAAUCAAAAAAUUUUAAGGGGCUCAGCUGUUGCAGAAACUAGUAGCAAGCAGGAUGAGAUUGACAAAUUAACCAACAUUGAGUGUUUAAAGGAUCUAAAUUCUGAUGAUUCACGAAGAGGGAAAGAACAUUUAGAAUACACUGCCACAGUCAUAGGGCCUUUAGAAACUGAAGAUACAACUGAGUCAACUAUCAGUGAUUCAGUAUGGAAACCACAUAGACAAAUUAAUGGAAAUUUUGGCUCAGGAAAACAAGACCCUUCUUCAAGGUCCUUUAUGCGAUGCCCAAAUAUGGCAUAUACACACGCCAGUCAUCCUGCUAAACCUGUAGCUCAAAGGUUGAGCUCUGGUGCAGAGGGCUGUGGUCUUAAUAGGCUAAAUUGCACAUCAACAUCAGAUGUUCUUUCUUCAGGUGCUUCAUCCUCUGGUUUCACACAUCAUGGGAGGGUUGAUACUGUAAGAAAACGGCCAUCUGAAGGAGAAAGUUCUACUUCCAGAUGCAAGGGUGCAGGUGCAUCAUCAACUGAAAGGUAUGUGGUUUCCAUGCAUACUGGUUCUGGCUCAAGUUCAUCAAGUAUGAGUAAAGUAACACGUCAGCCAGUGUCAAGAAGGACCAGAAACCAACCUACCACUGGGGAUGGUUCAGUUUCAGUUGGAACUGGGAGGGCUUCUACUGGUGAAAGUCAAAGGAGGCUAUCCGCACAAGCUGACUACAAUAUCCUUCCAUUGGAUGAAACCAUUAUGCUUCCCCAGUACCAGCGGAAUCAUUUUUCUCUUGCAGAAGUACCACCUGGUCGUUCAUAUGAAUUACGAAAGGCAUGUGAUGAUCUUGAUGAACGACCAGGAUCAAGCAGUCAGACUUUUCAAAGUAGGUCAAUGUCUCAACCUGAGGAUAACAGCACACAAAUGCUCUUUGGCUCUUCAGGAGAUGGCUAUCAUCACUUCAAUGUGGAGGGAAUUGCAGAGGCGCUCUUGGCACUUGAACAUAUUGAACAAGAUGAGGAACUGACAUAUGAGCAAUUAUCGGUACUGGAGACAAGUUUGUUCUUUUGUGGGCUUAGUUUCCAUGAUCAGCAUAGAGCCCUGAGGAUGGACAUUGAAAAUAUGUCCUAUGAGGAAUUGUUAGCUCUUGAGGAGAAAAUGGGUACUGUAAGCACAGCUCUCUCAGAGGAGCAAUUGUCUAAAUGUCUCAAGAGAAACCUAUAUGAACCCACCUAUCAGGCCACUGGAAUUGCUGUCUGUGGUGAUGAGAAUAUGAAAUGCAGCAUUUGUCAGGAAGAAUUCAUCCGGGAACAAGAAGUAGGCGAGUUGCAGUGCGAGCAUCUCUACCACGCGACAUGCAUCGAGCAGUGGCUUCGGCGGAAGAACUGGUGCCCCAUCUGCAAGUCAUCUGCUCUGCCAUUGUAGAGAAACGGUGAAGAUCUUUUAUGUCCUCUGUGAAUACAAACUUUUCUUCCUUGUGACAAAUCUAGGAUAAUCCUUGUAAUAAAUUUAGGAUGCUCCUAUGUGUACGUUGUGUUCCCUAAGUUACAACAACAUUAUUGGGAUGAUUCAGUGAUAACUUUAGCUUUCCUAAAAGAAUAUUCUUUGGGGACAAUUUAGAGUUAUAUAUUUUAAAAUUUUCA